UUGAUUACUUUCAUAUAUGGCAGAUGUCACUCCUAUCGCUAUAAAGUCAAUCAUCAGUUAACAUUUAUUUCGUGCAUGUGCCUCUAAAUAUUAAAUUAUUCUACGUUGUUAUUGUAUAAUAUUUGAAAUUUUGUGCUAAAUUGAAAAAGAAGUUUUUUAUUUGAGUUUUUUGAAGUUUAAUUCAUAAUGGGUAGAAGAUAUUAUUGCGAAUAUUGUGACAGAUCGUUUAAGGAUGAUCCAGAAGCCAGAAAAAAACAUCUUUCAAGUUUGCAACAUGCGAAAAAUCGUGCAGAUCAUUAUAAUAUGUUCAAAGAUCCAGAAGUUAUUUUAAGGGAGGAAUCUACAAAGAUACCAUGUAAAUGGUAUUUAACUAAUGGUGAAUGUGCAUUUGGCCUCGGUUGCAGAUAUUCCCAUUAUACUCCUCCUAUGAUAUGGGAGCUUCAACGUCUUGUUGCUAUGAAAAAUCAAUCAAAGUUGAAUAUAAAUCUUGAAAAUGGCUGGCCAAAUCCUGACGAUAUAAUUAAAGAAUAUUUUGAAAAUAAUACGAACACAAGCACUACAGAUGAUUUUACAUAUCCUAAUUGGCAUAGACCAUUAGAACUACGUGAUUAUUCCAUGCUAUCACCGUCACUAUGGCCUAUCACACCUGAAAGUUUAGCAAAUACUAUGAGAUUUGAAGAAUGGGGUUAAAAAUGUAAGGAAUAUAACGUUCCUCGUUAAAUUAAA